AUGGCAGUAUUCCCACAGUUCGAGCCGGACCCCAACACCACGUUAUUACAACAGUGCCAGUUCAUAAUUCACCGCAUCACUGUCCUCCUUGAGGAGCUAGAACAGCUCAAAGCUGCCAUUGAGAGACGCCCGGCAUCAGGCCACAAACCCCUAUCAUGGAACCAGGCCGUUCCGGGGCUUGGUGCCUUCGAACGGCUUAUCAUGUCCGAGAAGAAGCACUUGGAGAAGAUGUUCCAAUCAUACAAUGUGGACGCUAGCGAGCAGGUGGAUCUCGAGGAGCUCGACAGCAAGAUCCGGCUGAGGCUAGACGCAUCGAAUUACAAAUUCUACGAAACGGUGUGGGAGGUCACCAAGCGCUGCUCUGACCUUGCCGGGAUGCGGAGGGAAUUGUCCUAUAAGACGGAGCGCGGAAAGCCCAUCAACGCUGUGAUCGACCUCAUCGUCAACGGCGGCGCGGAUUGGAUCAAGGUCGUCACGACAACGGAGCGGAGGCUGUUCUAUGAAAUGGCCGAUGCUGGGUGGGAUUGGGAAGAAGACUUUACAGACGAGGGCGCAGACAGUGCGAUGCUGGAGAUCCUCCAGGACGAGACGGAGGACAGCAUCGAAGUCGCCAAGUUCGCAAGACACAUGGUCUCGGCGGCGCGGGUAUCAUACCAGGACUACCGUCGACCCCGGGUGCGUAUCCUCAUGUCGCGCAUCUCGGAAGGCGAGAAUGAGAUGGUCGACCACCUGCUCCGCCUCGUACGCAAGAUGGGCAGUGAGGAUGUCGAGCUUGUCGUCGAGACCGCCAACGGGCCGGAGGGGAUUCUCACGGAUCCGACGCCGCCGCUGGACGAGGCCAUCACGAACCUCAUCAACACGGACUACUUCAAAGACUUCACGGCGACGCUGAACGUGGACUGCUCCGUCUUCAUGGCGCUCUCGUCGGACUUCAGCCACAUGGCGAUCGGCCCGGACUCGGAGCUCUUGAGGUCGAAGCAGCACCGCAUCGAUGCGACGGACGAGGUGGAGAACGGGCCGAGGCUGGUGAACACGUUGUACCCCGCCAUGACUGGACGGAAGCUGGUGUGCACGAAGGAGGCGGCGGACACGUUUCUCAAGAUUGUGUACGAGAUUGGGACGGACUCGGAGCAGGCCCGGACUCGGAUCCUCUUUGAACAGGGCGGUGCGCAUACACCCGAAGCCGCCGAGGAAGACCGCCAGCGCCGGAUCGACGAGCUGCAGACGCUCUCGGCCUAUCCCGUUCCCCGAGGCCUCCGGCUCCCGAUCACGGUCAUAGGCAGCAUCUCCUGGGACGACGCGCAGCGCAUGGUCGCCCUCAACCAACUCCCCCAAGUCGCCCUUGCGGUGGGCCAAAAGGGGUCCGGACUGAACGCGAUGAACGUCAGCUCGUUCUUGUACGGGUGGAAGGCCGGCUUGACGACCAUCACGUCGAACUGGGAGGCGGCCAAGAGGUUGAGGACGGUGAUUGAGACGAACCGCGUCACGGGGACCGAGGUCGGGCCGCAUAUUUGGCGGAUCCCGUUUUCGCGAAAACUGCUCGCCAAGCCCAAGGUCCCGAAGGGCGAGGACGAUGGCGAAGGCGGUGGUCGGGCGGCGAGUCGACGGCUGAAGAGUCGACAGGAGCGGAGGGUCGAGAAGGAAAAGUCUCUGCAAAGUUGGAUCGCCUCCGAGAAGCCCGACGGGAAGAGGUCCGAAGACACUUGCCACGAAUGA